AUCAAGUGCAGCUUCAAAUAUUGAACGAGAGCAUAUCAUUUUGUUUUGUUGAAUUUAAACACUUCUCUUUUUUUUAUUAUGGUUAAUGUUAAUAAUUAUAUGGCUAUAUUUACAGUUUUUUUUCCGUGACUUACGACCAUUGGAAUAAUGACCUUAUUUGGUAUUCCCUAAGUUGGGAACACUCAAGACUGCUGGAGUUCGCAGUCAGUUAACGUUACCAGCAGAUAGCGAAAUAACUUACUGGACGCUGCUGUGGGUUCGUGUAAUUUUACAUGUUGUACAAGCGUCUGUAGCAGUAGUAUGUCAGUGGAGAAUGAUGAACCAGCACCUCCACCUCCUCCUCCUCUACCUCCUCCACCUCCUUCACUGGCGCGCUCAGAGUCCAGCAAGAAGAAACUUUACCAGGCUUUAGCAGAGGGAAGGACCGCUGUAGAGGGAGACUAUGAAGAGGCCAGCAUUAUUAUAGGACAGAGAGAAAGCAGUUUUAGCAAGGAUCUGCAGUGGCUGCUGUUUAAUAGCUAUGUGCCCUCACUCAUUCAAGAUGGUCCACAAUGUGGUCUUGUGGCCUUAUGGAUGGCGACUCAUUUACUGCAGCCUCCUAAAAUGCUGCUCCUGGAAACACUGGUCCAGACGGCAAAAGACAAUGGUUACACUGAACAAGGAGAAAUGUUUUCUGCCAGUGACAUGGCCAAGCUGGCAGAGCACGUGUGCGGAUGCAGAGUUCAGAGGUUGUCAGGAGGCAUGCUGGGAGAAAACACUGCUGUCAUUCUUAAACACCUCAUUAACAGGCAGCCCGUUCUUAUACCAUAUGACGAGGAUUUUAAUCAUGAACCCUGUCUUCGCAAUGGUCACAAAGCCCACUGGGCAGUCGCCUCAGGUAUUUUACUCGGCUUAAGAGAAGGUUGUGUUGACUAUAAACUUUCCCCCCCCGACGUCACUCUUCCCUGGCUUCAUCUUGCUCAGAGUGAAGCCUCUGUCUCGUGGCCCAUUGAUGACAUUGAGGAGGUGUUUGUUCUGGCUAAGCAGGGAAAGAGUCUGCGCUACCAGCUGUGGGAGUUUGAAUCUGUAGCGCAGAGUAACAAACAGCUAAAGGAGAUGGACCCUCAGAGAGCCAGCGAUGGGACGAGGGGAAAACGGAGCACCCAGGGGAAACCCACGCCCACACGAGGAGAACAUCCACACAGAAAUGGCAACUGACCCAGCUGAGGCUGGAACCAGUGACCUUCUUGCUGUGAGGCGAUUGUGCUACCCACUGCGCCACCGCAUCACCCCUAAUAAGAAAUGUAAAGUGGCUAAAUUGUGUUUAAUAAAAAUAAAGUAAAUUUCCUGCCACUAGACUUUUCUGAUAGGGUAUUCUUUCACCAGGUAUCAGAAUUUAACGUUUAAGGAACUUCCGAUAUCACAUUUUUGCCAUUUGUUUUACAUGCAUUUAGCAAGACUGUAAAACAAUGUUGUGAAUGUAAUAAAAUAGAUACUUACUAGUAAAGUAAUAAAAUAAAUACUUACUGGCACUCCCUCUACUUUUUUUUAAUCAACUUAUAAAUAAUUUUAAUUGUGGUAAAGAAGAAGCUGAGACAAAAGGCAAAGCUCUCGAUUUACUGGUCAAUCUACAUUCCUACUUUCACCUAUGAAUGAAUGAACGUCAAUGAAUAUGAGUGCUGUUUAAAUGCACAGGACUUACAGGUUUCGUGCUUCUUGCAGUACUAUCCACCAGUCAUAUGUUCUGUAUGACACCUGAGGAAACUGGAGGCUGAAAACAUUCCAUUCCCUACCCCUUCAUGCUCUGUUUCAAGGGCCAAGGGAUAGAUGUAGGGGAAUGGCUAUAAAACAUAAUUGGGAUUGGACUUAAGAACUUUUCCACAUAUUCUAUUAAAGCUUGCGUGUCAUCUCUCGCUAUUUUUUUAAGUUUAGAAAACCCAUUCUUACAGCAGUUUGCUACACUUGAUUAAUUUGUCAUUGGCAAGCUGUUAAAAGAGAAAAUAGGGGUGUAUAACAUUACUGAUUUAGGGUGGAUUCGUCUCACUUAUUGUGAAUUUGAAAUUGGAUACUUCUUUACUAUAUACCAUGUGGUGAAACUGUUUAUGAGCUGAGUACACAAGAAGUACCUUAGUAACCUACUUCUUUUACCAAGAAUUUGAAUUGCACAUCCAAUGUACACACUACUAUCUCAUGAGGCCAUGAGAGAGAAUUUAUGAAUGGAAAUGAAGCAACACAACUGUGUGAAUAUCAACCGCAGUGAUAAGCUUUUCCUCGAUUUCGAUUUCCCUCUAUUGUCCAUUGUAGCAGGAAAGCAAUUAUUUGUUCUAGGGUAUUUGUAUAAUGCAAUCUUACUGACUGACACCUGCAUUGGUGCUCCAAAAUUAAAAAAAAAACAAAAAAAAACAUUGAAUCCACAAUUCAUUUGAGCAACAUGCAUUAAUGCAUUCAUGUUUGAAUCUAUGUACAAACCCAAAUCAGAAAAAAAAGUUUGUAAAAUAAAUAAAGCAUCCACAAAUGCCAGUUAAAAUGGUAUUGCCAAAAGAAAUCCCUAUGUUAACAGUGUCCAGAAGCACAAUCAACUUUUCUGGGCUCAAAAUCAUGAGGAACACAUUAAAUAAUGUUCUGUUUUAUUGUCUGCAAUCAAAUACAAGUCAAAGUAAAUUUAGAAGAAAAUCUUUCUUGUUUUAUCUUGAGUUAAUUCUUUGAAAAUAGAUUUUUAUAAGUCCCCUAUUGUUAAAUACUGGAGUUUUGUCAUUUUUGAAUCCAUUCAGCCGAUCUCUGGCAUUUUAGCUUAGCUUUGCAUAAAUCAUUGAAUUAGAGGGUUCUCAACCAUGGAAAAUUAUCGAAACUUAUGAUUAUUGAUUAUUGAUUAUUUUCGAUUAAACUCGAAAAUUAUCGAAACCAAUUUUUAAGUGAGAUGCUAAUGGUCUAAUCAGAUGCAAUGAUCUACGCUAAGCUAUCCUAAAAUGCUCCCGCAAUGAGGAUCUUAUGACAGUUUAUAUGUCAUUGUUUUACAGCUAUUUUGUUAAUGGCUCUAAUAAAACAUCAGAAUCCAAGAAAGAUGCUUUGAGUGCAGGUUUGCAUUGUGACUUAAGAUUUAGAAUAGGGUGUGUUAUAUAUGUGUAUAUAUAGAUAUGUGUUAAACCCUAAAAUGUGUUAAUUAAUACUAGAUUUAAACCAAUCCAAUACAACUGGGCAUGUCAAACUUACUGCUUAUGUCACACUUAUGUCACAACCCAAACAUCCCAGAUUCAGUUAUAUAAAUGAACAUUCUUUCAUUGUAUCUGGGAAUGUGAAGGCAUUUCAUUUUAACAGUAAGUAACAUACAUUUUUUCACAGCCAAUUCCAGUCACCCCUGAAAUAUGUGGUUAGGGUUUGUUUCCUGUACGUUUGGUAUUACCAGGUUAUCAAACUAAAAUAAUUGACAUGUCUUGGCAUUCUAUUGGAAGAUUAUAGAGUCCAACCAUUGACCAGUUGAAAUUUGUCACAUUACAAACAUAACCUAUAAGGGGCAAACUAAAGGACUACUAAAAUUUGGGAUCUGUUAAUUCAGUUUCUGAAACAAAACCAAACAUUGCCACAAGUAACUAAUUCCGCCCACUCUACCGAUGGAUUGAUACGUGUAAAUAUGUAUUUUUGUGUUUUAAAUACAGUGUAUUGUUUUAUCUUAGCCCAUGUGUGAUAACAUCUUUACCUGUAUAACUGAAUCUGGAUGCUUUGGGGUAGGGAGGGGGAUUUAAAGUGUUUUAAAAAUAUGUAAUUUCAUGUGCCUUAUUUUGGAAAAAAAAAAAAAAGUGCUCCUGCCAGUUUCAGAGAAUAGCAGAAUAGAUAAAAAAUGGUAAAACUCUAUGUCUAUCUAUUAUUUAUUUAAUAAAUUAAUUAAUUAAGAGUGCAAAUGGUAAAACUGUUUACCAGGAGAAGAGUUACCAUAAUAAGGUGGCCAUUACACAAAUAAUUAUGUGCAUAUGUAUAAUAAAACAUCGCAAUAUUCCAUUACAAAAGUUAUGUGUAAUUUCAUAGUGACUUUAAUGAUUUUGACUCGGGUUUUAUGAGCAUGCAGAUAGAUAACUGCUUUUGUUGACAUGAGAACAAGUAUGAUGUAAUCCUCUUGACUAAUCCGAACGUUCGGUUUGGUUCAGGACAAACAAAUGAGGUCAGAUGUGAUUUCCUGAUGACCCUCAGUAACAGGACAAAGUGUUUUGCCGUUCUGAUGUCAUCCUGCUAGUCAAAUGUUGUGCAACUUGAGGAAGAGCUUUUCUGAACAGGAAAUUAUGACAUAGGAAAGCAUCACUUGACAGUAAUACACUUACUGAAAUGAAGUGAGCAGCAUACUUGAAAUACGAAUUACUGUACUUCAAAAACUUCCUGCUUGUAUACAAGAAUGUUUUAUUAUAUAAAAUAAUUCAUUUCCGGUAAGGUUUUUAUGGUUUAAAAAGAAGUCUGAAGGGCUUUAUUUAUUAAGAUGUUUUGAAUUAAAAGAAUAAGACGAAAAAUUCAAUUAAUAUGUUAUAUUUUGAAUUAAUUACUUAAAUAUAUUCUAAUAAACAAGACACAUGAUCUCAUUUACUGUUACAUGUUUAUAAUAAAUUACAAUUUAUUAUGGGCAACAUAGUGGCUCAGUGGGAAGCACUGUCACCUCACCGCAAGAAGGCCACUGAUUUGAGUCCUGGCUGGGUCAGUUGGCAUAUCUGUGUGGCGUUUGCAUGUUCUCUCCGUGUUUGCGUGGGUUUCCUCCGGGUGUUCUGGUUUCCCCCAAAGUCUAAAGACAUGCGCUAGGUGAAUUGACUAAAACUACAUUGGCCAUGGUGUAUGUGUGUCUAUGGAUGCUUCCCAGUACUGGGUUGCUGCUGGAAGGGUAUCUGCUGUGUAAAACAUACUGGAUAAGUUGGUGGUUCAUUUCGCUGAGGUGACUACUGAUGAAUAAAAGGAUUAAGCCGAAGGAAAAUAAAUGAAUAUAAUUGAUCAUAAGUAUCUACAAAUACGAUUACAGCAAAAAUAUGCAAUAAAAAUGUAUUAUAUUAAAAUUUAUUCAAAACUGGUAUGAGAAAAGAGUCUGGAAUUACUUCUUAAUGUUGUGCUUAACAUGGAAAUCGUCUGUUUGAACGUUUAAAAAAAUUUGUAUUAAAAUCUGAAAGAUGUUCGUUGUGCAUUCAUUAGAUUUACAAAAUCUUUUUAAGGUAACUGGUGGCAAUCAAUUUACAUGAGCUGUAUUUUAACAAUCAAAUUACAUUUUGUAAUUUUAAUUAAUAUGUUUAAAUUGAGCCCAUAUACAUUGUUUGAAACCAAUUACCUUAAAAUAUUUGGAAAUCCAGCUAAUCUUUUUUUUUGUGUGUGUGUUUGAAUUGGGUUUGAGUGUGAAACAUACAGUUAGGACCAUGAAUGGGACAUCUACACAAUUCUAAUAUUUGUGGCUCUAUACACCAACACAAUGGAUUUGAAAUGAAACAAACAAGACGUGCUUUAACUGCAGACUGUCUACAUCCAAAUCAGGUGAACAGUGUAGGAAUUACAACAGUUUGCAUAUGUGCCUCCUACUUGUUAAGGGUCCAAAAGUAAUUGGACAAUUGGCCUCUAAGCUGUCCCAUGGCCAGGUGUGUGUUAUUCCCUCAUUAUCGCAAUUACACUGAGCAAAUAAAAGGUCCAGAGUUUAUUUCAAGUGUGCUAUUUGUAUUUAGAAUCUGUUACUGUCAACUCUCAAGAUGACAUCCAAAGAGCUGUCACUAUCAGGCAAGCAAGCUGUCAUUAGGCUAAAAAACAAAACAAACCCAUCAGAGAAAUAGCAAAAACAUUAGGAGUGGCCAAAACAACUGUUUGGAACAUUCUUAAAAAGAAGGAACACACCAGAGAGCUCAGCAACACCAAAAGACCCGGAAACAAUUGUGGUUGACGACCAAAGAAUUAUUUUCCUGGUGAAGAAAACGCCCAUUCACAACAGUUGGCCUGAUCAAGAACACUCUCCAGGAGGUAGUUGUAUGUAUGUCAGUCAACAAUCAAGAGAUGACUACGCCAGAGUGUAGUUCAGAGGGUUCACCCCAAGAUGUAAACCAUUGGUGAGCCUCAAAAACCGGAAGGCCCGAUUAGAGUUCUUAAAAAGCCUUCACAGUGCUGGAACAACAUCCUAUGGACAAAUGAGAUUAAGAUCAACUUGUACCAGUGUGAUGGGAAGAGAAGAUUAUGGAGAAGGAAAGGAAUUGCUCAUGAUCUUAAGCAGUGAAGCUUGGUGACAUGGCGUGACCAUGUAUGGCUGUCAAUGGAACUGGUUCUCAUGUUUUUAAUGAUGAUGUGACUGCUGACAAAAGUAGCAGGAUGAAUUCUGAAGUGUUUCAGGCAAUAUUUUUUGCUCAUAUUAAGCCAAACGUUUCAGAACUCAUUGGACGGCGCUUCACAGUGCAGAUGGAGAAUGUCCCAGAGCAUACUGCAAAAGCAAUCAAAGAGUUUUUGAAGGGAAAGAAGUGGAAUUUUAUGCAAUGGCCAAGUCAAUCACCUGGGCUGGAUCCGAUUGAGUAUGCAUUUCACUUGCAAAACUGACAGGGAAACUGCCCCAAAAACAAGCAGAAACUGAAGACAGUUGCUGUAGAGGCCUGGUAGAGUACCACCAGGAAUGAAACCCGGCAUCUGGUGAUGUAUAUGUGUUCCAGACUUCAGGCUGUAUUCGACUGCAAAGGAUUUGCAACAAAGUAAUAAAAAAUGAAAGCUUGAUCUACGAUUAUUAUUCUGUCCAAUGACUUUUGGACUCUUAACAAGUGGGAGGCAGAUAUGCAAACUGUUGUAAAUCCUACUGUGUUCACCUGAUUUGGAUGUAAAUAGCCUCAAAUUAAAGCUGACAAUCUGCAGUUAAAGCACACAUUGUGUGUUUUAUUUCAAAUUGUGCCAAUUGUGUUGGUGUAUAGAGCCAAAAAUGUUAGAAUUGUGUCAAUGUAUACAUAUUUAUUGACCUAACUGUAUACCUUUGCUGGAACAUUUGGCAAGUGUGACAAAGGCUUAAGGAAUUGUGAGCUGAGAGCCUUUAUAUGGAGAUGAUUUGGGCAGUUAUGAGAGAGGGAGCAGUACAAAUGCAAAUAUGAGCUGUUCAGUUCUAGCUUCGCCUCCAUCAAUCUUUUCUAUAUAAAACGCUUCUGGUCAAUGAGCUCCAUAUUAUCUCAUCCUUUAAACAUACUAUUAUCUCAACUAAUGAAUGAAACUCAAGUCUCCAAUCACAACUUUUAAAAUAUAUUUAUUAAAUAAAAAAAUUUAUUUGAACGUUAAACCAAACUUCAGUGUUAUUUGGCUCUAAACAGAACCACACAUUUGGAAAAUUCAUUCAUUCAUUUUCCGUCAUUUUUGAGGUCGCCACAGCCGAAGGAACCGAAAUUGGCAAAUUAUUCAUUAAUAAAACAAUUAAAGAAAAACUUCAUGUAUAAUUCUUUCAAAAUAUCACCUCAGUGACCUUUCAGUGACAUCGAUUAUGUAAACACUGUGACAUGAAUCAAACAGAGGACGAGAAACCCUUUUUUUCUCUGCCCAAAUUACACCACAACGAUUAUCUUUCCCACAAUUUGAAACUCCAAAGGAUUCAUUUUUAGUCUAAACAACUUCACCAUGUACUCACACUACAGUAGUAAGAAGAUUAAAAAAAAAGGUUUUCAAAAUAGUUUUAGGACAAGAGUGGGUGUUGUUUUAAUUUUAUGACAACUUUGAUGAAAGGUUUUGAUCCAUUUCAAAUGCUGACUACUGUAUAAAAACUUGCAUACUCAGAGAAUGACAUCUAAAUGACGACAUCUAAAGUAGCUAAUCAACUGAAUACAUUAGAGAGAGAGAGAGAUAGCCCUAUUGUUAGUAUUAAAAAAAAAUGUUCUUUUAAAAAACAUUCUUUUUUUUUUUAAUAAAUUCCUUUUUCUGUGUGUGACUGACUGUGAUACUGUAUGUGCAUGUUUGUCUGGAAGAGAGGGCAAGAUAAGUCAAACAUUUUUGGGUGAAACAUGAAAAUAAUCUGCCAUUUGUUCAGAAGUCAUUCUAAUAUGUUGACCUGUUUAUAAAUGUAAAUGUUGAAAA